GGAAGACAGCUGCCUUCAGAUGAUCCAGAACUCGCUGACAGUUGCUCUUGCUUCAGUCCUACUUCAUGAGAACUUCAGAAGAUACUAACUGAGCAGAUGGUACGUGAACAAUACACUACAACAACACCAGGCACUAGCCUAGAGAGGCCGAAGAAUGAAUAUGUCUACAAAAUUGGAAUUUAUGGCUGGAGAAAGCGUUGCCUAUACCUGUUUGUUCUCCUCCUGCUUAUCAUCCUAGUUGUGAAUUUUUCUUUGACAAUCUGGAUUCUUAAAGUGAUGUGGUUUUCCCCAACUGGAAUGGGACACCUGCGUGUUACAAAGGAAGGCCUUCGUCUGGAAGGGGAAUCGGAAUUCUUAUUCCCUCUUUAUGCCAAAGAAAUCCAUUCUCGAGUGGACUCAUCACUGCUUCUCCAGUCUACUCACAAUGUGACUGUGAAUGCUCGCAAUUCAAAUGGGGAAGUCACAGGCAGAUUAAAUGUGG